AUUUGGCGAUUAAGCGUGCGGCGGCGUUCGCUACCCGGCAUGCUGUGCGCUAGUGACGGCCCUCUGCCUAUCCCCUUCCCAACCCUACCCCCACCCCUACCUCCGCGGCCCCCCCUUCCCCUAAAGUGAGUGAGACGGGCAGAUGGAGGAGGGACUGUAAUGGCGGCGGCCGGCAGCUCCCUGCUCUAACCCACAGCAGGCACACAGCAACGACCCCUUCCCCGCCCCUCUCCUGGCCGGCCUCCGCCCCGCCGCUAGCGCGGGGCCACGCUUUCCAGCCCUUCCCCCAGCUGUCGGCGUCUCGCCCUGCGCCCCGGCCGGGGCCCCACACACAAUGGACGAGCUUGCCGGAGGCGGUGGUGGCGGCCCCGGGAUGGCGGCCCCUCCCCGGCAGCAGCAGGGACCUGGGGGGAACCUGGGCCUUUCGCCAGGGGGGAACGGAGCGGCGGGCGGCGGGGGUCCUCCGGCCUCCGAAGGAACGGGUCCCGCGGCAGGCCCCGAGCUGUCCCGGCCGCAGCAGUACACUAUCCCGGGGAUACUGCACUACAUUCAGCACGAGUGGGCUCGGUUCGAGAUGGAGCGGGCGCACUGGGAGGUGGAACGGGCCGAACUGCAGAGAUGGGAUUUCACCAUGUUGUCCAGGCUGGUCUCGAACUCCUUACCUCAGGUGAUCUGUCCACCUCUGCCCCUCAACGUGCUGGGAUUACAGGCCCGGAUUGCAUUUCUACAAGGAGAAAGAAAAGGUCAGGAGAACUUGAAGAAGGACUUAGUAAGAAGAAUAAAGAUGUUAGAGUAUGCAUUAAAACAAGAAAGGGCAAAAUAUCACAAAUUAAAAUAUGGCACAGAACUGAACCAAGGUGACUUGAAAAUGCCAACCUUUGAGUCAGAAGAAACCAAAGACACAGAGGCUCCCACAGCACCUCAGAAUAGCCAGUUAACGUGGAAGCAAGGCAGACAGCUUUUAAGACAGUAUCUUCAGGAAGUAGGUUAUACAGAUACAAUAUUAGAUGUACGGUCUCAGCGGGUAAGGUCGUUACUUGGACUAUCUAAUUCAGAACCAAAUGGAUCAGUAGAAACAAAGAAUUUAGAACAGAUCCUAAAUGGAGGUGAAUCUCCUAAGCAAAAAGGACAAGAAAUAAAAAGGCCCUCUGGUGAUGUUCUUGAGACAUUCAAUUUCUUAGAAAAUGCUGAUGAUAGUGAUGAAGAAGAGGAAAAUGACAUGAUUGAAGGCAUCCCAGAAGGAAAAGACAAACAUCGAAUGAAUAAACACAAAAUAGGUAAUGAAGGUUUAGCUGCUGACCUAACUGACGAUCCUGAUACUGAGGAAGCACUGAAAGAAUUUGAUUUUUUAGUGACUGCCGAAGAUGGUGAAGGAGCUGGAGAAGCACGGAGUUCGGGGGAUGGCACAGAAUGGGAUAAAGAUGACCUCUCCCCAACUGCUGAGGUUUGGGAUGUAGACCAGGGACUAAUAAGUAAACUGAAGGAACAGUACAAGAAGGAACGAAAGGGGAAGAAAGGGGUGAAGAGGGCCAACAGGACAAAACUCUACGACAUGAUAGCUGAUCUGGGAGAUGAUGAGCUGCCCCACAUCCCUUCAGGAAUCAUUAAUCAGUCUAGGUCAGCCUCUACUAGAAUGACUGAUCAUGAAGGUGCAAGAGCAGAGGAAGCUGAACCAAUAACGUUUCCAUCUGGAGGAGGCAAGUCAUUUAUUAUGGGUUCUGAUGAUGUUUUGUUAAGUGUACUGGGCCUUGGAGACCUUGCAGACUUGACGGUAACAAAUGAUGCAGACUAUAGUUAUGAUUUGCCUGCCAAUAAAGAUGCCUUUCGAAAGACAUGGAAUCCCAAAUAUACACUACGUAGCCAUUUUGAUGGAGUACGGGCAUUAGCUUUUCAUCCUGUAGAACCUGUGCUGGUUACUGCUUCUGAGGACCAUACCCUGAAACUUUGGAACCUGCAAAAAACAGUUCCUGCCAAAAAGAGUGCCUCUUUAGAUGUAGAGCCUAUCUACACAUUUAGGGCCCACAUUGGCCCUGUUCUAUCCUUAGCUAUUAGUUCUAAUGGAGACCAGUGUUUUAGUGGUGGUAUUGAUGCAACCAUCCAGUGGUGGAAUAUGCCGAGUCCCAAUGUGGAUCCGUAUGAUACAUAUGAGCCAAAUGUUCUAGCUGGCACUUUAGUUGGUCAUACAGAUGCAGUUUGGGCUCUUGCUUAUAGUGGCAUAAAAAAUCAAUUACUGUCUUGUUCAGCAGAUGGCACUGUUAGGUUAUGGAAUCCACAAGAAAAAUUGCCAUGUAUUUGCACUUACAAUGGAGAUAAAAAUCAUGGAAUACCUACAUCAGUUGACUUUAUAGGCUGUGAUCCAGCUCAUAUGGUAACCUCUUUCAACACUGGUAGUGCAGUAAUUUAUGAUUUGGAAACUUCACAGUCAUUGGUGAUACUUUCAUCACAGGUAGAUUCUGGUUUACAAUCUAAUAAUCAUAUCAACAGAGUAGUAAGUCAUCCCACACUUCCUGUUACAGUAACUGCUCAUGAAGAUAGACACAUCAAAUUUUUUGACAAUAAAACGGGUAAAAUGAUCCAUUCUAUGGUAGCUCAUUUGGAUGCUGUUACAAGUCUAGCAGUAGAUCCUAAUGGAAUCUAUUUGAUGUCUGGAAGCCAUGACUGUUCUAUCAGAUUAUGGAAUUUAGACAGCAAGACGUGUGUGCAAGAAAUAACAGCGCAUAGAAAGAAAUUGGAUGAAUCAAUUUAUGAUGUUGCUUUCCACCCAUCAAAAGCAUAUAUAGCUAGUGCAGGAGCUGAUGCCCUUGCCAAAGUAUUUGUAUGAAUCAACAGAAACUUGCAUCAUAACAAGAUUUGCCUGGACAGAAAGAGGGUCUGCAUCACUGCCAUCAAAAGGGUUACUGAUAGGACACUACAUGUGAUCUGCCUGGUGAAGGCUAUUUGGGGCAGGCACAGAUUGGUGGAAAACAUCUUAUUGUCAAGCUCAUUAAUUUAACUGUAAUUACUGUAUUUUGUGGGACAAAAAAAAGGACUCCAGUAUUUGUGGCCUGUACUGGAUAUGAACUGAGCGUAUGUCUGUUUUUAGGUGUCUUUAAGCCAAUGUGGAGUCUGAUCUUUCAAAAAAGACUUUUUUUUUUUUUUUUUUUUUUGACUCUGUGUGCUGCCUUAGGGUUAGGAAUGUGGUGCUCUUGUUGGGGGAAGUGAGCUCCAAGAGUAGCUUUUUUUCAUCUCUUAGUGAUCUUCUGUUUAUCAGUUGAAUGCCACAGAUUCCCCUUUAAACUUAUUUUGCUUUAAAAAAAGAAAAAGAAAAUUUAACUUAAAAUAUUUUAGCAUUAGUUGCACAAAAUGUUUGGAUAAAAUUCUAGUUUUUAUAAGUCUUUUUAUAUAUUUAGCCUGUCACAACAGUGCUCAAGAUUGUAUUGAAGUUUUUCUGCAUUAUAUAACCCUAAAACACAGAGAUCUCACUGACCAGCUACCCUGUAACCACUUUCUUUCCUCCUCCUGCCUAAUACAGCUCAGCUAAGUCCUUCCAUAAAGAUGCUAAAUAACGUUCACCAUCACAUAAAUGUCUUCAUAAACCAAGGACUAUUAAGUGUAUUAAAAUGAAACAGUGGGGUUUAGUACUCCAAAUGAACUCUUAAAGAAAAAAACUAAUCUUGGCAUCCUAUCACUAUGUGAUAUUUUGUACAUCUUACUGUAUUUACAAGUUUAUUUAUCAAGGAUUAUCCAUCUUGCUAAUGGCCUAUUAUUUAUUUCACUUUUUGUUGGUCUUUAUAUCCUUUUAUUAAUGUGCUAAAGGAACCUGUAUAUCUAUUUUGGAACCCUUUGAAUAGUCUAAAAUAGACUAAAAAUAGAAUAUUUUAUAGUUUAAAUUACAAACCAAGGUGGUUCCCCCUAAGAUACAUAUCUUGGUUUACCAUGAUUCCAAGCAAAACUAACUUGUUUGAAAAUAUUUGGAGUAAAAUUUUAUUUGCAUUACAAAUAGGAUACAAAAAUAGUUGAAUCAGGAUACAGAAAUCUGCUGUGUUUUGACUAGUUAUCCCUGUUUUAUUUUUUUAGAUGUGCUUAAUUUUAUGGUGUAACUAAAGAUUUUGUUUGUGUAAUGCAUGAUUAAGACAAUAAAGUAUUUUUUCUAGUCUUCCGAGAAACUUUUCUGAUCAGUUUGCGAGUUUUGAUGAGUUUUGUAAGGUUUUGUUUUACAAACUAUGAAUCAGCAAAUUUUUAAGAUUGUACCACAUAGUAAACGUACAGCUGUUGAAAAAAUAAUGUAUAUAAAAUGCAUAUAAUAAAUAUUAAAUUGUGUACCUGUA